GAGGUGGAAAAAGAGCCUGAUUCAUUUGCUGUGCUGGAACUCUCAGGAGCAUGGGGCUCACAGACACUGUGAGGGGCAGCUAAGGAGCACUGGGUAAGUGAUGGCUCUGAGAGCACUUUGAAAGCUGGAGGAUGGCACAGGUAAAGAGAUUAGGGGAAGAUGAAGAGCAUGAUGAUUAAUCUGUUCUGUACUGGAUGUCAUGUGGUGCCUAGGUAUCAAUGAUAAAAUAAUAAAUAUAAUCUGAGUAUACUUUCCUUCCUGGAGCUUACAUUUCACUGAGGGAGUGAUAAAGUUAAUAAUCAUUGUAAUAAUUUGACUACUUAAUGUAAUGUUCAAGACACCGUAAAGAGCUCAAUAUCAGAAGAGUUUCUGGCUAUCCAAACUACAAGUUAAAAAGUCUUUUCUAUAAGAAACCUAUUUACCAACACUGGAAAUAAUAGAAUAAAACACGCUAGAAUUAGCAAGGCAUGGUGCAGUAGAUUCCAAUUCUGCUGCAAGAUGCCACAUUAUCUGUAAAUUAGGCCUGCCUAUGAUUUUCCUAUUAAACUUGUUUCAUUACAUGUUGUGGUUCUACAGUCUGAGAUCUUCCCAAAUCUCUCUCAUAUCUCAUCCCUUGAUUUCUUUAUCAUUGGGAGUCUGAAACCUAAAACGAUUUGCUUCUCUGAUGUUCACAUUCAUAGUUCUUUUACAGGAGAAGAUUAUGAAGCAAACGAGAUGUUUGUGGGCAACAAUUCAAGAAAACCAAAGAAAUUUAAACGAGGAAAGCAGGAAAACCAACCAGUGGAUUGAAAAUGGACUCAGACUUCUCACAUGCCUUCCAGAACGAACUCGCCUGUGUCAUCUGUUUGAACUACCUGGUAGACCCUGUCACCAUCUGCUGUGGGCACAGCUUCUGUAGGCCCUGUCUCUGCCUUUCCUGGGAGGAAGCCCAAAGUCCUGCCAACUGCCCUGCAUGCAGGGAACCAUCACAGAAAAAGGACUUCAAAACCAAUAUUCUUCUGAAGAAUUUAGUGACCAUUGCCAGAAAAGCCAGUCUCUGGCAAUUCCUGAGCUCUGAGAAACAAAUAUGUGGGACCCAUAGGCAAAGAAAGAAGAUGUUCUGUGACAUGGACAAGAGUCUCCUCUGCCUGCUGUGCUCCAACUCUCAGGAGCACGGGGCUCACAAACACUAUCUCAUUGAAGAGGCAGCUGAGGAACGCCGGGAGAAACUCUUAAAGCAAAUGAGGAUUUUAUGGAAAAAGAUUCAAGAAAAUCGGAGAAAUCUACAUGAGGAGAGAAGAACAGCCUUCUUCUGGAGGGGCGACGUGGAUUUACGGGCACAGAUGAUCAGGAAUGAGUAUAGGAAGCUGCAUCCAGUUCUCCACAAGGAAGAAAAACAACAUUUAGAGAGACUGAACAAGGAAUACCAAGAUAUUUUUCAGCAACUCCAGAGAAGUUGGGUCAAAAUGGAUCAAAAGAGUAAACACUUGAAAGAAAUGUAUCAGGAACUACUGGAAAUGUGUCAUAAACCAGAUGUGGAACUGCUCCAGGAUUUGGGAGACAUCGUGGCAAGGAGUGAGUCUGCGCUGCUGCACAUGCCCCAGCCUGUGAAUCCAGAGCUCACUGCAGGGCCCAUCACUGGACUGGUGUACAGGUUCAACCGCUUCCGAGUGGAAACUUCCUUCCAUUGUGAAGUAACCAGUCACAAUAUCAGGCUCUUUGAGGACGUGAGAAGUUGGAUGUUCAGAGGUGGAUCUUUGAAUUCUGACAGAUCUGACUAUUUUGCUGCAUGGGGAUCCAGGGUCUUCUCCUUUGGGAAACACUACUGGGAGCUGGAUGUGGACAACUCUUGUGACUGGGCUCUGGGAGUCUGUAACGACUCCUGGAUAACGAGGAAUAGCACAAUGGUUGAAUCUGAGGACAUACUUCUUCUUUUGUGUAUGAAGGUGGAUAAUCAUUUCCGUCUCUUGACCAACUCCCCAGUGUUUCCUCUCUAUGUAGAGAAACCUCUGGGCCGGGUUGGUGUGUUUCUUGAUUUUGAAAGUGGAAGUGUGAGUUUUUUGGAUGUCGCCAAGAGUUCCCUCAUAUGGAGUUAUCCGGCUGGCUCCUUAAAUUUUCCUGUCAGGCCUUUCUUUUACACUGUCCACAGAUGA